GUUGAGCUGCAGUCAGCGUACAUUAUUUGUUUUAUCAGUCAGUUUCUACGGCUGACUAUCCUAUAAACUAUUAAGUGUCAAAAGCUAUUUGUUUUGUUUGAAAGUAAUAAUUAUAAAUUAUCUUUAAAACGGGUUUUAAGACCAAUGGUGCCAGUUUUUCGCCUUUUUGUACUGAUGGUGUCCUUGUUGGUUCUGGUCGCUGUCUUGGUUUACGUUACCACAACCGCCCUUGUAUCAGCUGAUCGUAGCAGUGUUUCCAACCCUAUAGGCCCAAGAGCUACACCAACUCUACAGUUUCUUGUUGUACUGUCUCGUCAUGGCAACAGAGGUCCUUUGUUUACUUAUCCAAGCUGUCCUUACCCAAGCUACGACGCCAAUGCUUGGCCAUACGGUUAUGAACAACUGACAAAGAAAGGACGAAUACAAUUGUAUCAGCUAGGAGCCAAGAUCCGCUCUUUGUACAAUGGAUUCCUGAAUGAGAUCUACUAUCAGGAGGACUUCAGGGCUUCCAGCACCAUCAAGGACCGGACUCUGAUGAGCGCCGCUGAGUUCCUUGCUGGUCUCUUCCCGCCCAAAGGUUUCCAAGUGUGGGACAAGGAUCUGCUCUGGCAACCGCUGCCGAUAUUCCCCAACUAUCUCGACCAUACGACGGUAGUGCCUCCUCCAUCGUCAAACUCAGUUUGUCCACGAUUUCAUGAAGCCCAGAAUCAGUCUCUUGAACAGUUUGUGAAAGAUUAUGGAUUUAAAAUGAUGGAUAUAUUGGAAGGUAUACAACCAUAUACUGGAUUAGGUAAAGUAACGACUCAAUCUGUACUAAUGCAGAUGAUUAUCGUCUGGGAGUCUCUUGCCAGCAUGGAUUUCGAAGAACUAGCCAUGCCCACAUGGUCAAGACAAGUGUACCCGGAACCUUUAACAACUGUUAUGGGCCAAUUAUACGCUGCCUACACCAUAGACUCACCUGUCACCACAAGACUGCUACAAGGACAGUUAUUUCAAGAAGUGGUCAGUUUGAUGGAGGCCAAAAUAAAUGGUUCUCUGACUCCUGACAGACGGAUGUACUACUACUCCGGCCAUGACUACACCCUUCUAGGAGUGCAAGGCAUUCUGGGCUUGAACUCGUCCGAUGCGAGAGUCAUCAAGCCCGGAUCUGCUUUGGUUCUUGAGCUGCAUCAAAACAACCAGACUGGAAUCUUUUAUUUUCAAGCUCUAUAUAUAGACGGGGGCUCCGAAGAUUUGGAACCAUCAUACUUCAACAUAACAGGUUGUAACUUUCCUUGUGACUUUAACCUUUUGAAGAAUAUAACAGAAAAAUAUUAUAACAUAACAGAUUACACUGCAGAAUGCCAUUACAACAACACAUCCUUAUUUUGAAUAAACAAAAUGUAUAAAA